UUGAUUCUGUGAAAAAACAAAAACUUUUGCGCCCAGUUCUGGAAUUUUGUAAAUUCACAGAAACGUGUUUUUACUCUGAUUUUUUUCACGUAAUUGAUAUACAAAUUGCCCACGCCAUCCUAGUUUUUCAGAGUUUUUAGAGUUACAAAAGUAUGACCAAUAUUCAAAUCUUUACAGACUGUUUUGUUUUUGAAUGAUUAUGUUUUUGUUGUAUUGUGUGCUUAUUUGGAAGAAGGUCAUUCGUGGCUCCCCUACUCCCCGAUUUGAGACAGAUUACUGCAUAUCAGAGUUGUGUGUGGCCACGGUAGCAACUGGACAACUGAUGGGAUUCAGUUUCCCAAGUCCAUAAUCAAUUGAUGGCAAGGACGACAUGGGUUUGCUGGAGGGGCCCUUGACAUGGGUUUUAGUGGUGCCUAGCAGUCGCGUCGUCACUCGACAGCAAGCUCAUACGACCACAGUUUUUGGUCAUGUUGACCAACUAUGCGUGUGAGGAGAGGUUGGAAAGCCCAACUUUCAGGCUAAAGACAUUCUGAGAUGUCAUGUUUCAUGGUCCUCGUCCACGUGAUGCAUAUUCGUUGCCGAGUGGUCUGGUCGACAUUGUCAAGGAUACAAGGAAUGAAGGUGGUGGUCAAGCGGUUGCGACAACACAUCGUGGUUGCGUUUUGGUGGUGCUAAUUCAGUACUAGAACUGGAGUUUCAGGGUGAAAACCCUUGGUGUGACCUUCGUCGGUCAUACCUGGCAAUGGCGAUGUUUCGACAUUGUUACCUUGCUGAGGGCAUUGCAUGGAAUUUUGCCCAGUUAUGCUCUCAGGGUGAAAACUCAGGAUUUAGUCUUUGACAGAAUCCGACUACAGUGACACUUGUGUGUCCUUAUCUUCCUGAAGGGGUUGCUUUUGGAGAACCUUUUCGCAGCCUAUGUGGUGUCACAAUAGUGGUUGAUGUUGCUGUUGGUUACUGCGUGCCUCAUAUCUUGAUUUUUUCUUCUAUUUUAAUUUUUGAUUUUUUUUGCUGUGUGCAUCCUCGAUGCCUCCAGCUGAUCGUGACAUCAUGUCGUUGUAGAGACCGGGUGAACUUGAUAUCAUCCUGAUAUUAAUAUAUUACCCUUUGUCGAAAAUCAACCACCAGUCAUCCCACCAAACAUAUGUCACGUUUAGAUGAGGAAACCGGAGACCUUUUUUGUAAAACACUACUUGAUUUUCUUUUUUUAUUUAAGAACAAAAACACUACUUGAUUGGAGACGUUGGAUCAACCACAAACAAAUCCACUUUCCAAAAAAAAACCCACAGACAAUCCGAGGCAAAUAAAUGCUUGAUUGAGCGACUGGAAGACCGGCCUGCGCCAAAAGAUUCACGCCAAACACUCCACCGCGCACGAACGAACACGACGGGCCGUCCCCGACGCCGAUGUCCCGCCGCAUCCGCCUUCGCCGCCGCUCCUCCUCCGGCUGCACCUAGCUGAAGUCCGGCCUGCGCCACUCCUUUACCUCGCCGUUUUCCCGCCUCCGCCGCUAUUCCACCGCACCAAUGUCUCGCCUCCGCCUCCGCCUCCCCCGCGGCAGCUCCUCCUCCACCACAGUGAUCCCCCGCCUCCGACUACUCCGCCGCUGCUCCUCCUCCACCUCCACCUCGCCGCCCUCACGCUCCUGGUCUCCCCGAGACGCCUUUGCCGCGGCCACGCAGCGUGUCCGCGCUGGGACGCUCAGGCCGGAAGACGCACACAACCUGUUCGACGAAUUGCUUCGGCAGGCCACCCCGGUCCCCGAGCGCUCCCUGAACGGCUUCCUUGCCGCCCUCGCCCGUGCGCCCGUCUCCGGCGCCUGCAUCAGAGAUGGCUCCGCCCUUGCAGUGUCUCUCUUCAACCGUGUGUGCAGAGAGGAAGCCGGCGCGCAGGUGGCGGCGCUCACAGGCUGCACCUACAGCAUCCUCAUGGACUGCUGCUGCCGUGCGCGUCGCCCGGACCUGGGGCUUGCCUUAUUCGGCCGCUUCCUCAAGAAAGGCCUGAAGACAGACCAGAUUGUCGCCAGCACCUUCCUCAAGUGCCUCUGCUACGCAAAACGGACUGAUGAGGCUGUGAACGUGGUACUUCAUAGGAUGUCCGAGCUCGGCUGUGUGCCUAAUGCCUUAUCAUACUCCAUUGUUCUCAAGAGCUUAUGCGACAAUAGCAUGAGUCAGCGGGGGCUCGACCUGCUCCAGAUGAUGGCGAAAGAAGGAGGUGGUUGCUUCCCCAACGUGGUGGCUUAUAACACGGUCAUCCAUGGCUUCUUUAAGGAGGGCAAAACAGGCAAGGCAUGCAAUCUCUUCCAUGAAAUGAUGCAGCUAGGGCUUGUGCCCGAUGUGGUGACAUACAACUCGAUCAUUGAUGCGUUGUGCAAGGCUAGAGCAAUGGACAAGGCAGAAGUAGUCCUUCAUCAGAUGAUCGGUAAAGGUGCUCAACCUGAUACAGUGACAUAUAAUUGCAUGAUCCAUGGAUAUUCCACAUCUGGGCGGUUGAAAGAGGCUGCUAAAAUGUUCAGAGAAAUGAAAAGCCGGGGUCUUGCACCAAAUAUUGUUACUUGCGGCUCGUUAAUGACUUCCCUUUGCAAGCAUGGAAGAAGCAAAGAAGCUAGAGAAAUAUUUGAUUCCAUGACUGCCAAAGGCCACAGAGCUAAUGUCGUCUCAUACUCUAUUUUGCUUCAUGGGUAUGCCAAUGAAGGAUGCUUUGCUGAUAUGAUUGAUCUCUUUAAUUCAAUGAAAAGCAACGGUAUUGCAGCUGACUGCCGUGUUUUUACCAUAUUAAUUGAUGCCUAUGCUAAACGUGGAAUGAUGGAUGAUGCAAUGCACAUAUUUACGGAAAUGUGGGAAAAAGGAGUGAGUCCCGAUGUGGUUACCUAUUCCACUGUAAUAGCUGCACUUUCCAGGAUGGGUAGAUUGACCGAUGCUAUGGACAAAUUUAAUCAGAUGAUUUCCAUGGGGGUUCAACCGAACACAGUUGUUUAUCACACCCUAAUUCAGGGCUCUUGUAUGCAUGGUGAUUUGAUUAAAGCCAAGGAGCUGGUUUCUGAAAUGAUGAACAAAGGUAUUCCUCGUCCUAGCAUUGCGUUCUUCGGUUCAAUAAUAAACAGGUUAUGCAAAGAUGGAAGGGUUAUGGAUGCACAUGAUAUCUUUGACUUGGUUAUAGACAUAGGCGAGAGGCCUAGUGUCAUUACAUUUAAUUCACUGGUUGACGGAUAUUGCUUAGUCGGCAAGAUGGAUAAAGCAUUUGGAAUGCUUAAUGCCAUGGAAUCAGUUGGUGUUGAGCCUGAUAUUGUUACUUACAGUACACUUCUUGAUGGCUAUUUUAAAAAUGGAAGGAUCAAUGAUGGUUUGACUCUGUUUAGAGAAAUGCCGCUUAAGAGAAUUAAACCUGACACUGUUACAUAUGGCAUCAUGUUGGAUGGGUGUUUUCGUGCUGGGAGAACUGUUGCUGCAAGGACAAUGUUCCAUGAGAUGAUCGAAAGUGGAAUAACAGUGGACAUCCCCACAUAUAAUAUAGUUCUUAGGGGACUUUGUAGAAAUAACUGCACAGAUGAAGCAAUCGCCCUGUUCCAGAAAUUAGGUGCAAUGAGUAUGAAGUUCAAUAUUGCAAUACUCAAUACCAUGAUCAAUGCAAUCUACAAGGUUCGGAGAAGAGAAGAAGCUAACAAUUUGUUUGCUGCAAUAUCAGCCAGUGGGUUGGUGCCCAAUCAAUCUACUUAUGCUGUAAUGAUAAUAAAUCUUCUAAAAGAUGGAGCAGUGGAACAUGCUAGCAAUAUGUUUUCAUCAAUGGAGAAAAGUGGUAUUGUCCCCAGCUCCCGUCUUAUAAAUGGUAUCAUCAGAUUGUUGUUGGAGAAUGGUGAGAUUGCCAAGGCUGGAAUUUAUUUGUCUAAAGUUGAUGGGAAUAGCAUCUCACUUGAAGCUUCAACUACUUCAUUGAUGUUGUCUCUGCUUUCAAGGAAAGGGAAAUAUCAGGAGGACAUGAAGUUGCUCCCUGCAAAGUAUCAAUUUUUUGGUGAAUUUGGCUGACUAGUUGAUAUGAUGCAUACGAGACUAACUCGGAAAGUAGAAUUGAGUUUUUGCUUGCAUAAAGCCCUCCUGCCAGUAUAACUGUAUAAGAAAUCCAAACUGCCUACCUGUAGAGUUGAUUUCGUUUUGUGGUGUUGUGUGAAAUCAAAACUAAACCAACUUUGCCAUACUAGAUACAGUUAUAUGGAAGUUAUACUUUUUUCUCCACCCACUCGACAGAUAAUACUCUAAAGCCGAGUAAAAUCCUUGCAUUCGUAUUAUUCACUUUCAGUAUGCAAACUUCCCUUUCCAAGUUGGAGAGAACAAGAAGCCAGCGUCGAGGAAGCCUUGGGGGUGGGGGGUGUGAAAAGCAUAGUAACAAUAUAUCUAGGCUGCGACGUAUAUUUUUAUGAAACUUUACUGUACUUACGAUUUUCUAUUAUAGUUCAUAUGAAGAAUUA